AAUUGGCGGUUAGCCCCUUAACACGACGAGAGGAAUAGGGUUCUGCGGUGCGCCGCCGCCGUCGCCGUCGCCCGCCGGACCAAGAAGAAAUCUCGCUCUCAACGUAGGCGAGCGGCAUGAAGAGCUUCCCGGUGUCCGGAGGCCGCAGCGUCUCCCUCACCCUCUUCUCGGAUGUCUCCAACAGCCGGGAGCUCCUCGACUUGAUGCAGUCAGGGAAGCUGGAACCGGAGGUUGCUUUCCUCAACGCAUCGCUGGUGCCGGAUGUGUUCCCCGUUCUUGCGGCGGCGCACAAGGCGCUGCUGUCGAAGGCGAGGGAGUCACUGACCACAAGAACUCUGCACUCCGAGCUCGUCUACAACUACUCCGGAUCGAAGCAUAUAACGGAGUCCCUGAAGCGAUGUGGCAUAUCUGAUGACACGACAUACAUCCUUGCUGCUCGUUUUGAUGCUUCCGACGAGGAGAUGAAAGCAGUGAAGAAACUCAUCCGUGGCACUAAGAUUGAUCUAGCAGCAUUGGAAACAAGAGCAAACCAGCCACAGAUCCUGAAGCACUAUAAAAUAACUCCCCAAGAACUAUCAAUAUCUACACUUCCCGACGCAAUUGUAUGCAGGAUUGCUGCUCGUGAUGCCCUCUGAAGUCUCAACAAUCAUCAUACUUCUGCCACUGCUGCAGAUUGAACUCUCAGCACCUUGUCUUUCAUAGUUAAGCUUUGUAGUUUCGAGAUGUUGUAGCUCUAAACCACAUGUAUGAUAGCACAGCAACAGUCGAAUAACUCUAAUGUCCAACUUAUUCACAUUUCCUGCAAGUAACCUGGAAGCAUAUUGUGCUGUUGAAUGAGAAUAUAUUUUUCAGUGGCAUCA